UGCAGAGUUACCAAUUGAAUCGCAAAACCUUGCCAACACAACAGUGACACCUAGUGUUGCCAUCGCUAAACCCGUCUGCUGUUUAUGUCCAGAUACAGUGUACAACUUCUUUCACCCGUGGGGAGGAGCGGGGUCAGAUUUUAGCAACGACAUGUCUUGUAUGGCGUUCCAAUCUUUAAAACGGGUAUCACAGGGUGGGUCCUAACUCCAGAGGGAAUACACUCCUCAGCCUAUACCAGGCUCCUGUUCCUCGACAGCCGGGUCUCGGAUGCCGUCCUGGGCGUGGAGCAGUAGACCAACUCUUUGUCCUCGUACAGAUAUUUGAGGGCUUUGUGUGCUUGGAGAAGGCUUGGACCGUGAAACCUGUGGUAUUUUGUGAGAGGUGCUGCGGUGGGUAUGGGGCCGUAUUCCCGAAGCGAGGAGUUGUGGUUGUGUCCGUAUUCCCGGCGUUAAAACGAGCCUGUUCAAGAUGGGCGUCGGGCUCUAACCAAGGUUGCGUCUUUUCUCCUCUCCUGCUCGCGAUCUUCGUGGACAGGAUAUCAAAGAUGAACGCGCAGCCGAGGUUUGGAGUGGAUCCAGUUGUUAUCUGUGGGUGAUGGCGCCCUGAUUAUAUCAGAAGGGAUUAUAUCUCUCGGCUGGCCUGGAAAUCCCCCAGGAGCAGUUUAAAACUGUUGCCUGUGGUGAAAGGAAAACGACCCCUAGGAUUAAGCGGUUAGAAAAUUAUGGUGUUGAUGUCUCUUAUGUCUCAGUUAAUUACAUUACAUUUAAUGAAUAAUAUGAUUCAGGCAGCCUAUCCACUGGAAAAUAUCAAGCAUAUAACUGUAUUUCUGAUUCCAGUCUUGAUUUAGAGGAUCAAUUCCUACUCUUGUUGGCCUUGGCAGACUCCCUACUUUCCACCGCAGAUACACAUACUGUACUCCCAAAUUCAGAGUACGCUAAGGACUGGGCUGAGCACAAUAGCUUCAUUUUGACUGCUGGGAUUUGUCACUGGUACUAGAUAAAGAGUGAGAAGUGCUUCAUAAGAUUCCUUUGUGUAUUUAUAUUAAAGCUUUAUCCAAGAGAAAAGGUCAUUUUUGUACGACAGCGAUCUCCCAUUGCUAAUGUAACCUAUUUUGUUACACGGCAGGACAAUUAUUUUAUAUUUGUUGGUGAAUUUAAGGAAAUGAAAACAUCGAAAAAAGUGGUCGUUUUUAUGCAUAAUAAUUCGUUUUAAACUUCGCACGAUCGAGCCCUCGAAUCAGUGUAAACUACAAUCCCCUUGAGCAAAAGCAGCCGGUUACGUCACAACAUGCGACGCAGGAAGCUGCUCGUGGAGAAGGUAGAAUUUGGUUUCGAGUGUUUAUGUCCUGAAGACGGGUUUAAAUAUGAUUUUAAAGCCUUUACGAAGGUACAGAUUUUUUUUCAAGGAAACACGGAAUGGUCAAGGAAAUUGAAUAAACCUUUUUAGAGUGCAACGGGUAUACUGAAGCGGAAUCAUUAAUUCUAGACCAAAUGCCAGGAAUACUGCCAGCAGAAAACAGCUUGUUAUAUCGACGGAGAAUUUGGGCGUAAGUUUACACUGCUUUGUAAGAUGCAUAUAAUUCCACAACGGUGAAUUACAGUGAUUAUUCAAACAUUAAUUUUAAAGCUGUUUUUAAACGACCCUUCGGUUAAAAAAAAGUCUGUUUCUAUAAGAUAUUCAGCUUAGUUCAUGGUACGGAGAUCGGGCGACGCUAUAUCCGUCCAAUUCGGCAGGCGUCUCGCAGAGAUCUGAAUCCGAUAUUAACGGAUCCUGAAAACCAAGAGAUCAUGGACGUCAGCAUCUCCGUUUCGUUCCUAAAAUACGAGCUCGCCUCCACCAUAGAGCAGGUGGUGAAGGGUGCGGUGGAGACGGUGCUGCAGGAGACGGCCAGGGUCAUCGGUAGCAAGUUCACGGACGUGCAAGCCGCCGCCGCGGAAAAGGAGAAAGAGAACGAGAACCUGAAGCUGAGGCUGGAGAUCUCCGAGAACGAGCUGAAGGCGGUUCGCUACUACAUGAACGCGGCGGAGAUGAACAUCAAGCAGUGUCUCCUGAACGCCAGCUCCAACGAGAAGCGCCUGCAGAGGCUGUCCUCCUCCGAGCCGCCGGAGGGCGAGGGCGAGCUCGAGCACGGCCAGCUCCUGCUCUUCAAACCCCGGACCCCUCAGGCCUCGCGCGCCCACCCCACGCAGACGACCAGCCCCUGCGUGGCUCUCUGCCUUCCCGCCGUGCACAGGGACUGGGCUCACGACCUAAACCCCACGGCGGCCAGCGCACACGAAGACGGGGCGGCGGAGCAGGGUUUCGAAGACGACCAAGUUGUGUUCCGAGUUCCUGAAAAAUCCGGGACUCCCCCAUUAAGCACGGCGGAGGGUGACGCGAAAGAAGCCGAGACCGACCCCUUGGAGAAAUCGGAUUAUUCAGGUAGGCCGAAACUCGGCUGGGAGGCGGAGCCCUGCAGGGAUGAGGUGGAAUUCACUCUGCCUGCUGGCAACGUCAGUGAGCUGGGCCACAUCCAGGUCAUCGAGGACAACCAGCUGGAUACGAUCCGGGUGAAGAACGAGGACUCGGAGCUGGAGCCCACGCCAGUCCCGCACGCCGCCCUCAACCCUGGGGAAACGGCCUCUUCCGGGUCUUUUCCCUACACCGAGGACACGGGCUUCACCAGCGUGCAGGGGGAACCCGAGGAUGCGGGCAAGGUGCACUGCUGCGCCGUGUGCGGGCGGGGCUUCCGGCGCAUCUACAGCCUGAAGACGCACACGCGGAUCCACACGGGCGAGAAGCCGUACCCCUGCGGCGACUGCGGCAAGACCUUCCGCCACUUCGACAGCCUGAAGAAGCACCAGCGCAUCCACACAGGGGAGCGGCCCUACCGCUGCCCGCAGUGCGGGAACUGCUUCCGCGAGCUGGGCCACCUCAAGAAGCACCAGCUCAUCCACACCGGGGAGAAGCCCUACCACUGCCCGCAGUGCGGGAAGAGCUUCAAGGAGGCCGGGGCGCUGAGGACACACCUGCGCAUCCACACUGGCGAGCGGCCCUACGGCUGCUCUGUGUGCGGCAAGCGCUUCCGCUACUCCAAUAGUCUCAAGGCCCACCAGCAGUUACACCUGGAGGAGUAUCUAUAGACCAUGAGGGGGGAGAUGAAGGUGUGUCUGUUUCCCAGGGCCCACCAGCAGCUGCACCUGGGGGAGUAUCUGUAGACCUGGAGUGGGGAGAUGAGGGUGUGUCUGUUUCUCACUCACCAGCAGCUGCACCUGGGGAAGGAGAUGAGGGUGUGUCUGUUUCCCAGGGCCCACCAGCAGCUGCACCUGGAGGAGUAUCUGUAGAGUAUCUCCUCCUUGAGGGAGGAGAUGAGGGUGUGUCUGUUUCUCACUCACCAGCAGCUGCACCUAGAGGAGUACAGGGUGUCCAGAUUUAACGACCUCAAUGGGGACCAUAAAACAGGGUUGUUAAGUGAAUCAACGUUGUGUGGGGAAUUAAGUGGAAUGGCCCUGUAUCUAUAGGCCAUGAUGGGGGUGAAGAUGGACAGGGGGUGUUUCUGUUUCUGUUUCUUAAGGACUGCAUCCCAGCAGGAUAUAUGUGAGAGUUGUAAGUAAGCAUUGGCACGUGGAUCUUGAAUUAUUUAUUGCACUAAUGGUCUUAAACUGCCUAGAUGUAAAACGAGUUUCAAAGUAGAUGGCGUGUCAUUUUCAUUGAUGUAAUAUGAAAUCCUGUAUGCAGCGGACUCGUUUGAGGAUACAGGGAAUUCAUGGCUUGAGGUAGGUACAAGAUCCUCACAACCUCCCUGUCUCAGGACCUGGGUAAAUUUAAGCAAAUCUUCGAAUUUAUUUCAAUGAGGUAUGUAAGUGCACAGAAGAAAAACCGGACAGUGCUUCAGUAGCCUUAAAAGUCUUUAUUUGCCCUCCAGAUGCUUGGACCUUUUGAACUGAUUAAUCGCAGAUUGAAUUGUGCUCAUUUCUGCUUUUGUAGAAUGAUGAAAUAAAUGCAGAAA